AUGCUUUGCACAAAUGCAAAAGAUAUUCUAUUCGAAACUUUAAAAAGCGAGUCUUUAAAAGAUAAAAGAAUAAAAUUGAAGAUAAUCGACAUUAUGAAAUCUGAAAAUCAAAAAUGGUUUGACAUAUACUGUUACGAUGUCCCGGUUUUGCAUAUAGAAACUACUGGCGAAGAGACUCCUAUUAAGUUCAUGCAUUACUUUGAUAAAUCGAAGAUUCUUGAACAAUUGAAUAAGUGA